AUGGAAGAAACGGAGGAAAUUAUCGUAGGCCGCGAUGGCGUACUUAAUCUAUCUUGGGGGUGGUUCUUAUCAUCAACUUAUGGGGUUUCCAUCAAUUUAUUAGUGUUUUUGAUGUUUGAGUGCAAUAUAAAGAGCAUCACCGCCAUUCAAAUCUGCUGUUUGAUUUUUGGUUUCGCUUACAUGGUCGGACUUGGCGGAGCUGUUGCAGAUUUUUCCUUCUACGGCUCUUUCCGUAUUAUUACGGUUUUUUCCUUCAUUUCCUUACUGGGUACGCUCAUGUUAACUGUACUACAUGCGACAUCAGCAAAACAUCAAUUUGGAGCUGUGUUAGUAGCCAUAACACUAGCUUUAUUAGGAUCUGAAUCCGUAAUUAAUUCUUACCGAUUUUUGAGAAGAGAUCAGUUUGAUGAGCCACCAGCAGCUAUGGGUUUCAGGAUCACGCAUUUUAUAUCUCUUAAAUGUUUUGCCGUGGCAACUCUGGUCCCGUUUAUCAUUUUGGGAGCAGAAUACCAAGAUUGGGGUUUCUUAUUUGGAAUUUGUUGCGCUUAUAAUGUGAUAGGAUUAUUCUGGUUUUUGAUUGGAAGUUCUGUUUAUCGACCACGAACAUGGACUGAUAAAUCUUUUAAAGACAAAGACGAAUUACACGAAGUCAAAUACUUAAUUAAAACCACCCCGUUGUUUUUAACUGACAUUUUCUUGCACACCUCUGGCAUUAUGUUUAACUACCUAAUAGUACUUCAAGCCCUAACUAUGAACAGGCGCAUCGGACCCUUCGUAAUACCAGCCAGCUGUUUCGGACUCUUUUCGAUACCAACUGUAUUUCUUUCGUUAGUAACUGUCGACUUUCUCAUUAUCCCACGAUAUAACAAACUUAGAAUCUCUUUGGGUAUCGGGUUAAGCCAUGUCUUGACCAUCCUCACUCUCGUGGCGUCUGCUUUGAUCGAGUCUCGAAGGCUCCAUCGUCUCGCAAACAAUCCAGGUGCGACGAUGUCUGUUGAAUAA